AUGAUGGCGUAUAUGAACCCGGGGCCCCACUACUCUGUUAACGCCUUGGCCCUGAGCGGCCCCAGUGUGGACCUGAUGCACCAGGCUGUGUCCUACCCAAGUGCUCCGAGAAAGCAACGGCGGGAGCGGACCACCUUCACCAGGAGCCAGCUGGAGGAGCUGGAGGCCCUGUUUGCCAAGACCCAGUACCCCGACGUGUACGCCCGCGAGGAGGUGGCUCUGAAGAUCAAUCUUCCCGAGUCCAGGGUUCAGGUUUGGUUCAAGAACCGCAGGGCCAAGUGUAGACAGCAGAGGCAGCAGCAGAAACAGCAGCAGCAGCCCCCAGGGGGACCAACCAAGGCUCGUCCUGCCAAGAAGAAAACAGGCACAUCCCCUAGAGGCUCCACAGAUGCUUGUCCAGACCCCCUGGGCAUCUCAGAUUCCUACAGCCCCCCUCUACCCGGUCCCUCAGACUCCCCAACCACAGCAGUGGCCUCUGUGUCCAUCUGGAGUCCGGCCUCAGAGUCCCCUUUUCCUGAGGCCCAGAAGGCUGGGCUGGUGGCCUCAGGAUCUGCUCUGACCUCAGCCCCCUAUGCCAUGACCUAUGCCCCUUCCUCUGCUUUCUGCUCUUCCCCCUCAGCCUAUGCAUCUCCCAGCUCCUAUUUCAGUGGCCUAGAUCCCUACCUUUCUCCCAUGGUGCCCCAGUUGGGGGGCCCAGCUCUGAGCCCCCUGGCUGGCCCCUCUGUGGGGUCUUCCCUGGCCCAGUCUCCCACCUCCUUGUCAGGCCAGAGCUACGGCACCUACAGCCCUGUGGACAGCUUGGAAUUCAAGGAUCCCACAGGCACCUGGAAAUUCACCUAUAACCCCAUGGAUCCUCUGGACUACAAGGAUCAGAGUGCCUGGAAGUUUCAGAUCUUAUAG